AUGCACUUGUACUUGGCGUGGCCCCAGAACAAGGACCACGCAGAAGCCCGGGAAGCUGCUUUGCGCUCUCAGCUGUUAAGAGAGCCUAAGCUGGAUGGCAGAAGUGAAAAGGAGGUCACCUUCAGCGGGCAGGCAGUGUGCCCCCAGGCCCAGAGGCACGGGGAGGGGGCGGAGCGCCAGGCUCGGUCCCGCAGUGCCCGGCAGCCCUCCCGGCUGCUCGGCGCAGGCUGCCGCGGCCAGGGGAGCGCAGGGCAGCCAGGGGGACGCGAGGCAGCCCCCGGCCGGCCGCCAGCGCUGCCCGCUGCAGGAGGUGAGAGGCUCAGGACGGACGGACGGGCAAGGAAGAAGCGUGGGAAGAGAAGCUACAGCCGUGGCGGGAUGAAAGGCUGUCCGGGCAUGGUUCGCUUGAACGAACUCCUGAUACCCUCAAAGAUACCUGCAGAUGGUAGAGUCUCUUCUUCACUCUUUGAAAAGCUUAAAAGACGACUCCCCUUGGAAAUUCCUCUUCUCUCAGGAAUGGCUGAGACACCAGCAGUGGCAGCAUCAAGGACAGCAGCACCAACCAUUUUAGAUGAGCUCCUGGAGAUCACGGCUCAAAGCCUGCUGCACACUGAGGUGUCCGAGCACUACGAGGUUAUUCGGGAGCUGGGCAGGGGCAAAUACGGCCACGUGAUGCUGGUGACUCACAGACAGAGAGGGACUCCUAUGGCUCUCAAGCUGCUACCCAAAGCCAGCACCAAGCUGCACACCUUCCUGUAUGAGUACUGUGUGGCACUCUCCCUGGCCACCCACCCUGCCAUCAUCAGCAUGUUUGGAAUUGCCAUAGAGUCUAGCCAGUACUAUGGCUUCCUCUAUGAACCAGCGCUGCAUAAAGACCUCAUCUCUAUCAUCAAACCUCGGGAUGGGAUCCCCGAGCUGGCUGCCAAGCACUGUGCCAAGCAGCUGGUGAGCGCGCUGGAGUUCAUCCACAGCCGGGGGCUCGUGUACCGUGACGUCAAGCCCGAGAACGUGCUGCUCUUCGACCCCGAGUGCCGGCGCAUCAAGCUGACGGACUUUGGGCUCACGAGGCCCAAGGGUACCAAGCUGAAGCUGGUGGCUGGAGUACUCCCCUAUACUGCCCCUGAGCUAAGCAACACCACUGAUGCCCAGGGGCUGCCCAUCGAUAGCAGCUUGGAUGCCUGGGCCUUUGGUGUGCUGCUUUUCUGCCUGCUGACUGGCUACUUCCCCUGGGAGCAGAGCCUGCCAGAUGACCCUUUCUUUGAGGACUUCAUGCUGUGGCAGGAAACUGGCCUGGAGAAAGACCUGCCCCGCCACUGGAGGCGCCUGACAGCUGAGGCUGCCCUGAUGCUACGGGACCUGCUGGCCCUAGAUCCCACCAAGCGCAGCCCUGUCAGCGGAGCACUGCGCUAUGUGGAUUGCCCGUGGCGGCUGGAGGGUGGCCGUAGUGAAAAGGCUACAGUGACACCCUAGACCCCACUCCUCACAAAGAGAGGGAAAGUAGGUCUCACCUUGCAAGGGUCUUCAGGGUCUGGGGCAUCACAGUGGCCCAGGGGCAUGGGGUCAUGGUGACACAGAGGUGAAUUCCUCUGCUGCACUGUCCUCACCACCGUGAAGCCAGGCUCCCUUCCCAGCUGCUGGUCCUCACUCCAUGGCUCAGUGCUGCCUAGUCCCAUAGAAUCAGAGAAUCAGCCAGGUUGGAAGAGACCUCCAAGCUCAUCCAGUCCAACCUAGCACCCAACCCUAUCCAAUCAACUAGACCAUGGCACUAAGUGCCUCAUCCAGUCUAUUUUUGAACAUUUCCAGGGGCAGCAACUCACCACCUCCCUGGGCAGCCCAUUCCAAUGGCACAUCACUCUCUCUGUGAAGAACUUCCAUCUCCUCAUGCUUCCUUUGGGCUUGAAAACGUCUCCUUCCUCCUGGAAAUGGCUGUCUGCAUGUGAAGCACCUACUUGCUUCUUGGCCACAGGGACUCCAGGAUGGGUUCUGUGGACUGCAGCACCUGUCUUUUCCUUGAAAUAGAGCACAACAUAUACUUUUGUGUUUCUGCAUGUGGCUCUUU